AUGCCUGCAGCGUCUGCACUGCUUUUGAUAUGGAAAAUAGUGGUAAUUCUGUGCUGUAAUUUGUUGUUUGUUCUAGGAAUAAGGCGGAGACGCCUGAAUGAGCCACCCUUGGAGAAUGGGAUGCUGCCAUAUCUUGGCUGUGCUUUGCAGUUUGGCUCCAAUCCUCUCAAAUUCCUCAGAGCAAGGCAAAGGAAAUAUGGCCCCAUUUUCACUUGCAGACUGGCAGGAAAAUACGUUCACUUCCUCACAGAUCCCUUUUCCUACCACUCUGUGAUGCAACAAGGAAAACAUCUAGACUGGAAAAAGUUCCACUUCACAACUUCUGCAAAGGCUUUUGGACAUGGAAGUAUUGACCCAAAGGAUGGGAACACCACUGAAAAUAUGCAUCAGACCUUCACAAAAACCCUGCAGGGUAAAGCUUUGAACUUUCUCAAUGAAGCCAUGAUGGAAAACCUUUCCUAUGUCAUGCUGGAAUCUACUGCAUCAAAAAUGAACUCUGGUGACUGGGUAACAGACAAGCUUUAUGAAUUCUGUUGCCGUGUGAUGUUUGAAUCUGGGUUUUUGACACUUUUUGGUACAGAGAUUAACACAAACUAUGAUAAGAUCCAUUCUAACCAAGAAGACCAAAAAACACUUAUUCUAAACUGUCUGGAGAAUUUUAAAGAAUUUGAUCAAAUUUUUCCAGCACUUGUGGCAGGCUUACCUAUCUGCAUAUUUAAAGGUGCCCAUAGUGCACGCGAGAAGCUGGCUGAAUCUCUGCUUCAUGAGAAUCUUCAGAAAAGAGAGAACAUUUCUGAACUCAUUUCUCUCCGCAUGUUUUUGAAUGACACACUCUCCACUUUUGAUGAUAAGGAGAAAGCAAAGACCCACCUAGCAGUCCUAUGGGCUUCACAAGCAAACACAAUUCCUGCUACUUUUUGGAGUUCUUUCUACCUUAUUAAGAACCCAGAAGCAAUGAAAGCAGCUAUGGAAGAGGUACAACGGGUGUUGGAAAAUCCUACUGAAAAGAUGGGCUUGAAUAGGAAGUGUGUUUCCUUGAAUCGAAAACAGCUGGAUGAUAUGCCUGUAUUAGACAGUAUUAUUAAGGAAGCAAUAAGACUCUCUAGUGCAUCCAUGACAGUCAGAGUUGCUAAGGAAGAUUUCUGUUUGCAGUUAAGCACUGGCUCCUAUAAUGUCCGCAAAGAUGACAUCAUAGCGCUUUAUCCUCAGCUAUUACACUUUGAUCCAGAAAUUUAUUCUGAUCCCUUGACAUUCAAGUAUGACCGCUAUCUUAAUGAGAAUGGAGAAGAAAAUACCAUUUUUUAUCGCAAUGGUCGGAAGUUAAAAUAUUACUACAUGCCGUUUGGAACGGGGCUUGCCAAAUGCCCUGGAAGAAUAUUUGCAGUUCAUGAAAUUAAACAAUUUUUGACUUUGUUACUUUCCUACUUUGAGGUGGAGCUUGCUGACAAAAAUGUGAAGUGUCCUUCAUUAGACCAAUCACGUGCUGGACUUGGAAUUUUACAGCCAACAACCGAUGUUGAUUUCAAGUACAGAUUAAAACCUCUUUGAAUAUGUGGAACAACAUAUCCACUCAGAUAGUUAUGUAAUGCACUAAGAAUAAUGAGAGUUUGAAGCAACUAUUAACGUCACUUAAAAUAGUUUGUGAAGGAAAGGCUCUCCUUUAGAAAUCUAAUUGAGGACCACAUUUUUACAAGCUCUCAGACGAUAAGAGUUAUAGUUCAAUAUAUUAAAUAUUCUAGUGCUACAUCUACAGUAGUGCUCUUGAGCCCUGAUGUGGUUAAAGUGGAGGGAAGUGUUUAUAUAUACAUGCCUCAUAUACUGGAGAGGUUUGUGAGCGUAUAGCUUGCAGCAGAUCUCUGGAGAGAGGAUUACUUCAUCUCUGUCUGGUAGAAAACCUUCCCAUCCUGUGGCCCUUUAUGUCCUUACAGACAAACAUGAAACCAGAGGUUAAGACUGAGGGCUGUUGUUUGUACAAAGCUCACGUUGGCUGAUCACAGCAAUAGUACGGAAUGUCUAUAUGCAGUACCCUAGACAUGGGUGCUGCUGGCUGAAGGCUUCUCUGUGCUGGCUUUCUGUAUAGUUCAAAGGGUCAACCUUUCAAAACAGAAAUUUUUCCCAGUUGGAGUUUUUAAAUUGUAUUGUCUUAAUGUUGAUAACUUUAAAAAAUAUUUAUAUGUGUGUGUG